GAGAGGGAGAGAGAGAGAGAGAGAAAGUAGAUGUGUGCAGACAACCUGCUCGCGCGUAAUUCUGGGAGGACUCUCCGCCGAGCAACGACACAAUAAACACUCACGGAACCGCAAGAGUUUCCCCCGGUGGAGUAACAAUAAGCACUUAAAUCACGUCACACCAUCCAGCCAGGAGUCCAUCAUCUUUCUGCAGCCAUGUAUCUGAACAGGGAGGAGGAGUACAGCAAAGGCUCCGUCUCUUUGAGCGUGCUGCUGGUGUCGUUGGCGGUAACCGUGUGUGGUGUUUGGCUGGUGGCUCUCUGCGGCGUCUGCGGAUGGUGUCAACGCAAGCUGGGGAAGAGAAAUAAACCGGGAGUGGAGUCCGUCGGGUCUCCUGAUUCAGGAAGAGGAAGAGGAGAGAAAAAAGCCAUCAAUAGGAAUAUGGGGAAUAAGCCAGCUAACAGUCCUAAGGGUCAGCCGCCAGACGCCGACGGCCAUUCCUCAGUGUCUGACCUUGCCAACUCGCUCACUGGAGACAUGGUGAUGUUGUCUCCGGGGUCGGAAGACGACGACCACGAAGGUCCAGUGAGCGAGAAACUGGGCAGGAUUCAAUUCAGCUUGGGCUACAGCUUCCAAGACACGACUCUGACGGUGAAGAUACUCAAAGGUCAAGACCUGCCCGCUAAAGACUUCUCUGGGACGUCCGACCCCUUCGUCAAAAUCUACCUACUGCCCGACAGAAAGCACAAACUCGAGACCAAAGUCAAGAGGAAAAAUCUCAACCCUCACUGGAAUGAAACCUUCCUGUUUGAAGGGUUCCCGUAUGAGAAGGUGCGGGAGCGAACGCUGUAUCUCCAGGUGCUGGAUUACGAUCGGUUCAGCCGUAACGACCCGAUCGGAGAGGUCUCGAUUCCUCUGAAUAAAGUGGAACUCGGACAGCUGAAAACGUUCUGGAAGGAUCUCAAACCCUGCAGUGAUGGCAGCGGAAGUCGUGGAGAUCUGCUAGUGUCUCUGUGUUAUAACCCCACUGCCAACACCAUCACUGUUAACAUCAUAAAAGCUCGCAACCUCAAAGCCAUGGACAUCGGGGGCACCUCAGACCCCUAUGUAAAAGUAUGGCUAAUGCACAAAGACAAGCGAGUGGAAAAGAAGAAGACGGUGACCAUCAAACGCUGCCUGAACCCCGUUUUUAAUGAAUCCUUCCCCUUUGACGUGCCCGCACAUGUUCUCCGAGAGACAACCAUCAUCAUCACCGUCAUGGAUAAGGAUCGACUGAGCCGCAACGAUGUGAUUGGAAAGAUCUACUUGUCAUGGAAGAGCGGUCCUGGCGAGGUCAAACACUGGAAGGACAUGUUGAGCCGACCACGCACGAACGUGGCGCAGUGGCACGCCCUCAAAGCCUGAUUCGCCCUCUCCAUUUCCAAUUUUCCCCCCCUUGAAUCCCAUUUGACCUUUGACCCGAAACCCCGUCCUUAUGCACAAGACUAACUUGCUGCCAGACGGCACAACACGGGUACUUUUAGCCAUCCACUCUUGUAACCUUUAACCUUCGAGCUUCUGUCUCCUUCGAUCUCUCCUCCGUCUGGUAACAUGUAGUACAAAUGCCUGCUUUUUAGCCAAUUACGCCAAUGGUUCUUUUGUGCAUUAGCAUCCGUUCUGGACUCUGGGAUAGUCGCUGAAUCCAACAAAGCCAUGCUACGCGCAGCAACUACACGUUACCAGGAUGUUGUUUCCUUCCUGUUUUUGUUUUUUCAACCCUAUUCCCCCGUGUUCCUCGGGCUGGAGAGGUCUGACAUCCUUCAGAUGUGUGAACGCAACACCUCGGCCCCAUCCCUCGCCUCGUUCAACCAGCCCCUACGUCUAGACCCGGAGGCUCGUGGGAGCUCAUUUGGCAGCCUUUAAAUUGGCCACUGCUGAAACGGAUCGAGUCGCAGGAACUCUGGGAGUUGUAUUUUUCCAGGUCUCAGACGUCCCGUGCGAGUCAACCGGCCCCGGAGGGCCGCUGUAAUUAAAGCCAUGAGGGGAAAUGAGACGCCCUCUUUCCAUUAGCAGCCUCUCGUUUCUUUUAGUCUCCAUUUAUAGUUGUUUUUCUCGCAAUCCCUGACCUCUCCAAGCCUUUUUCCGCGUCUUUCCCACUUGACCUGAUUUUCCGUAUCUUUGUUCCUUCCUCUGUCUCUCUCUCUCUCUCUCUAUCCUCUCUUCUCUCUUCUUCUUCUAAGUAAACAGCUCCGAUUGGUUCAGCUGAAAGCUGUAGACAUUGAAACCUUACGCCAUCUGGAGACUAACAGACAGCAAAUGGACUCCAUCCUUGUCUAUUUUGCUUUUUUUUCCUCUGUGGUUUCUCUUUAUCGCUGGCACAAUAGUAGUGAAGUCCCUCUUUUUCUCGGGAUCCCUUGUCGUCCGUGUGCUGUGAGUGACGUGUCGUAGAUCCAACCGAAAUAUCGUUAAAAAACAUUAACCACCAGGGCGGAAAAAAGAAAACGACUUUCUCGAAGGAUCGUUCCAGGUCUUCUGGAUGGAAUCCGGAUGGAAGGGGAAAAAAAGUACACACACAUUAAAAAAAAAGGAAACUUGAUGUCAUUUUUUUUCAUCGAAAGGACAUUUGAAGAAACCAAUCAGAAUUGUUCUUCCAGAUUUGCUGUGAAAUAUAGAAGCAAAAAGUUGAUUUCGCGCCACGUGCGCUGGAUAGUUCUCGCCACACUUUGCUCUAGUGACGUGUUUCUUUGUGUGUAUGUGUGUGUGUGUAUGUGUGCGCUGAUAGGGGCUGAUCUUUUACAGAAACCCUCCAGUUAACGGAAAAAAACCUGCCUUUACCCGCGUAUGUGUGCGUUUGAGACUGUUUCAGGAGGUAGCGGGGAUGAAUCGCACCGAAACAUGACCUGGUCACGUUUUACCCAAAAAGUCAAUAGAAAAAAAUAAAAAAUUGUAUUUUGAAUAAAGAUCAUGAAGACUGAUUUUAAGCACAAUUGCAUUUUAUUGUGAUAUAAUUUUUUAUGAAAAACACAUUUACCCCUAAAUGCUCAUUACUAUAAAGAAUUUACCAAAAAAUUAUUUAUAUAAAAUUUAAUAAAGUAUAAAUUAAAGGCUGUACCAUGCUACCAUGAUGUAUAAAUAUUUUACAAAUGAAUAUAUAUAUAUAUAUAUAUAUAUACACACAUAUGGGUCAUUGACGUAUAAGAAUUUUUGACAGGCCAAUUUCAAAAUACAAAAAAAAUAUAUCUGUUGUAACCGUUCAAACAUUAAGAGUGUUGUGUACACAUAAAUUCACUUAAAAUUUAAAAUUAAGUGAUUUUAGUGUUUUUAUCUCAAUGAAUUGGGUCUAGCCUUAAAAAAUGUCAUUUGGUGCGACCAUGAUUUAUAUUGAAAUUAAUUAAUUUUUUAAAACAUGCUUUUAGAUGUUCUCAGUAAUGAAAGUGUUUAGAAACAAAGUAUCUGCAUUUAUUUUGAGUUCUCGUAAAUAAUGAUCUCAUAAUUUUGUUUUAGAAUUUCAGAGUUGCCUUCUUAAAUGUAGUUAGCAGACUUAUUUUUGCAUAAAAUUGAUAAAAAUGUUUUAAAAAAUACCAUUCACUUAAGAAUGAUUUAUAUUUUUAUUUUAAUACAGUUAUUCCUAUUAUUGGUUGCACCACAUGAUGAGUGGUUGCUCCAAAUGAUGCAAAAGCCUUAUAUCAUUAAAAAAUCUGGAAAUCAUGCUAUAUAGUGCAGAAAAUUUAUCGGAAUAAAUUUAGAGUAAUUUCAAAGACAUUUCCUAAACAACAGUUAUGGCCAGAUGGUCGUGCCACGUGAUAUUUUGACACUUUGAAUAACAGAAAAAUUACAAAUAUCUUUUUUUUGAAAAGUUAAAGUGGGUCCAUACAUAGGAGAGGUACUUCAUAUAUAUGGUAUCUUUUUAAUGCAUUUCAAUUUUUAACUGAAAAAAAUGCAGUCGGACAGAAAAUUUAGGCGUCAUUCUGAUUAAUGUAAUUUUUUCUAAAAUGAUGCAUACAUUAAAGCUAUGCAAUUAAUAUUACUGCACACAAUGUAUGAAUAUUUUACAAUUCAAAUAUUGCUGAAUUUUGUACUUUGCCAGUGCUCAUUUCUCAUGGAAAUAAUAUCACAA